UACAUUUUGUUAUGUAAAGUUAAAGUGUAUGUAUUUCUGAUUUUAUGAAUUCUAUUUAUUCCAGAUACUGGAAAACUGUUUUCACCUUUAACUUCUCAGAAAAAGAUAAACGCAAUUUUACACUUCUGCAUCAAAAAGUGAGCCGACCAGAAGGUUUUUUUGGUGAUAGCGAUGAAUGCUUAAGUAUUCUGACAGCCAUUGAAGAUGUUUUCUGCCAAAUUAAGAGAAGAUGGCCUUUAAUUACUGUAUGCAUUGAAAAGAUACAAGAUCUAAGAGCUACAUGUGCAGACUUAUUUCAGAAAAAGAGAGAAAUUGAGAAUUCCAUUUCUAACACUGAAUAUCAGAAUGUCCUAAAUGCUUUUGACUUCAACUGGAUUAUUAUAAAUCGACUGUGUGGAAUGGUCAUGGAUUUCUGCCAAAUACCUCAUGAUUUUGACUAUGCGAAGCCAGAUGUGUUGCCUCCAGCAGCUGAUUUUUCUCGAUUAAUGUGCAAUCUGUAUCCUGCUGUUCAACAAUUGAAACAAAUAAUGUCCAGUAUGUUUGAAGCACUUCAGAAGUCGACUCCAACAAAGAAAAUAUUCAUUAAACUUCACAAAUGUUUGAAAGAUUUCAUUCCAUCACUGGAAAUCGAGACUGACUUUCCAACUUUGCCUCAUUUCACACAAAGAGCCCUCCAAAAUUUCUGUUUGUCACCAAAUAACAGGCAGUUGAUUGAGAAUGGUUACAAGCAAUUGGAAAUUUUUAAUACAAAACUACAUGAAGCAUUAGGUGUCAUGAUGGCUUUAAAACAGAACAGAGCACCUGGAUUAAUGCAACUCGAAUAGCAAAUCAUUCUGUAAAUCAUAUAUGUAUAUGGAGCAUUUUUAUAUGUUAUUUCAUGUUAAUCGCUUUAUUAAAUGUAAAUGUUUUUGUA